GGAGGCGCAGCAGAGCCACGGAAUUGCUUUCAGGCUUCCCCUCUGACGUUGCAAAUUUCGGGCAGAGAAAGUGAUCCGUUGCUGUGGAGAACCGGCGCUGGGAUCCUGGCCUGAAUGGUAUUGAAUUUCCUGGGUGGGAGGGGAGAGACAGGAUUUCAGCGCCGAGUUUCGUCCCCGAGCCGCGCUGUUCGGAUCGGCCUUUUUGCGCGCGUGUGCAGACACACAUUCACACACAUACCGCUCUGCUUUACCAAAUAUGCCUUCUGCGGGCAGCCUUUUGCUUCUAAUAUUUAUUACCCAUUUCCACUGCCUGCAUCUCGACAUUAUUGGACAGAUAUGCCGGGUUCCACAUUUCCUGUGAACUUCCAGCGCAACAGUGAUCUUUUUGGCAACAUGCUAGCCAGCCCUUCUGUAAUUCCAGCCUUUAAAUUCCAGUUGCGGCGAGAAACUAUUGACUGGAGGCGAUUCAGCGCCAUUGAUGUGGAACGCGUAGCUCGUGAGCUAGAUCUUGCCACUCUUCAGGAAAAUAUCAGUAGUAUCACCUUUUGUAACCUUGAUGCAGAGAAGUGCCCCUAUUGUCAGCAGCCAAUAGAUCCUGUUCUCCUGAAGGUUCUUAAGAUGGCCCAGCUGACCAUCGAAUAUUUGUUGCACUCCCAGGAGUACUUAAGCAUGAACUUGGCACUCCAAGAGGAACAGCACCAGGCAGCCCUUGAAGACUGCAGGCGUAUCAAGUAUGAUUUAGAUAAGCAAGCAGAAGAAUUGAAGGGGGUGAAGGAAGAAAGCAGGAGACGGAAAAAGAUGAUUGCCACCCAACAGUUGCUCUUACAAGCUGGGGCCAAUAACUACCACAAGUGCCAGCUUUGUGACAAGACCUUCAUGAAUUAUUCCUUUCUACAAGGCCACAUGGAGCGUAGGCAUCCUGAGGCCACUGCAGUCGAGAAAUUGAAGAAGAAACAGGUGCAGCAAAUGGAAAGUGAGAUUGAAGAACUGAAGGUCAAGUUGAAGGAGACCCAUGUCCAGCUGGAGGCUGAGAGUCAGCAAAGGGCUCAGGAAGCAGAGCAUGUUCGCCAAAGGGAAGAGGAAGAAAGGAAGAAAUUUGAAAGAUGGAAGGAAGAGGAGAGGACAAAGUUUCAUAAAGAAAUGGAAGAACUCAGACAACUUUUCCUCACAGAAAUCAAGGACUUUUCCAACAAAAAUUCUGCCUUGGAAGGAAAACUUCAGGAACUGCAAGUCAAGAAUGCAAUAGCCUCACAUCUUGGGACAUUGCAAGAUGAUGAUUCUUUUGAGAAACAACAGUGGACUAAGACUCAGAAAGAACUACAAGGGGUGAAGACAAAGAUUGAACAACAGAAAACCGAGUGGGAGUGGAAACUCAGGAAACUUCAGAAGGAGAACCAGAAGGAGAAAGAAAAUCUAAAGAAUGAGAAUGAAAGACUAAGGGCUUCCUUGUCUUCUGAUCAAUGGAAGAUGGCCGAAUAUAACAAGAAACAACUUGCCUCCCUUACUACACAACUCAGAGAGCAAGCUAGUAUCAUCCAAUCUCAGGAGAAUACAAUUAAGCUUCUGACUUCCAGCAAACCUAGAGAAAUCCAGCAGGUACCCAAGACAGAAAAACUAGAAGAAUCUAGUGAAGAAGAACUAGAUGAUACUUUGGAUAGGAAGAAUAGAGUUCUGGAAACACUGCGGAAGGACCCAAAUUUGUUGAAGCAAUUCCGGCCAAUUCUGGAAGAAACACUUGAAGAUAAACUAGAGGCCAUGGGAGUAAAGCGGGGUACAAAAGGUAUCCCUACUCAAACCUAUACACAUUUGAGAGCUUUGAUAAAAAAGCAGCAGCAGCAGAAGGCUAAAUCAUUUCCACAUCUGCUAACCUUGAGAAAUAAACUUGAAAAAGAAGUUCAAAAGAAAGUGGUUCAGAAGGAUGAAGGGAAUGUGUCCUUGCCAUUUUCUCCAAUCUUAGGAAAAAACCAAAAAGCCCAGCAUUCUCCACUCCAGGUUACACCUUCUAAGAUUGGAAUGCACCCAGUGGAAGUACCACAUUAUGCCCUCCAGACACCCAAACCAGCUCCUCGGAGCAAAGUUAGUUCCAUGACUAGUUCACUAGAGAUUCCAAAGGUACCAUCUCCAAAUCAAAUUAGAAGCAGCUCACCUUCUCUUCAACAGUCUGCUGUUCACUUCCCCAGCACUUCACCUUUCAGCUCUGAGGCUGAAGAGUCUGAAGAAGGAACAAGCAUUAGCUCUCCAAAAGUCACAUCCCUCAGGACAGAACCAAAGGAGAGCAAAGCUGUUCCCAGAGUAGCACAGAUGGAAGAGAGUGAGUGGGAUUCAUCUGACACAGAUUUUUCUAAAGAGAACGUUGGUACAGGAAAGAGUUCUUCAGUUGUGGCGGGAACUCAUUCAGAAACGCUAGUGCAGUCAAUGGCUAAAAGUCUGGAGAAGAAACUGAACGUACCUGGAAGGAAGCCUCCAGGUGGCGUGAAGCUCUUUGCCAUCCAGAGCAAAGAAGAUGCUAAAACCAAUCACUCCACAAAAAAGCUUCAGUUUGCCUAUGAGGAGGAUAGUGACUUGGAGAUUUCUUCCUUGGAGGAAAUCACCCAGCACCUGGACACUGAAACCAAGAUAAAGAAGCAGCAAGGGGCCAGAGGUAGUGGGGACUCCACUGGAUCACGGGGCACCAGUAUCUGGACUUCUAGCAGCACAAAGGCUGGGGCGUGGUGAUUCUCAUGGUUAUAUAAGCUGUGUAGAGCACAGAAUCCAGAUGAGAUAGAACAGCAUGCCAUGGCAGAGCAAUCAGAUUAAAUUUGAUACUCACAAAGAAAGAACAAGACAGCACCAAAUACUGGAAGUAUCACAUUCAAGGUUCUAGGUUCUAUGCAUAGUUUCAAAACAAACAUUUAAUUAAAAUGAGUUCUUCCACUGCCCUUCAGAGGAAGGAAAAGACCGAUUUAUUCUUUUGCUGAAACACUAUCUUGACAUUUAAAAAUAAUUUUGUCAAGAAGACACAGGCCUGGUUCUCACAUCAUGCACAGCCAUAAUGUGGUGCACUUGGGUCUAACUUUUAAUUUUUCCUUUCUAAUACUGUGAUGGAUGUAACUCAGUUUGUGAAUAGCCAUAAAAAUAAAUCAAAUGGGGGCUUCAAACAUUUUGUAUCCCAUAUGCCUCCAAUUUCAUUCCAAGUCUUAGCUUGAUUGCACUUCAACGUACGGUAUUUCCAAGGUGCAGACUACUUAUUUAACUCUGAAAUACUUUCAAAGUACAGUAGAGUCUCGUUUAACCAACCUUCGCUUAUCCGACAUUCCGUCUUAUCCGACAGCCCUAAA